GUGGGUGGGGAGCAGCGGGGAGGAAGGCCCCGGGAGGAGGAGGGACAGACAGCGAAAGAUUCCCUCUUUUCCCCCGGGGCUGUGAGGCUGCUCGUGCUGCAGGAGGAAAGUUGGCCCCGCUGCCACACAGGGCUGCUUCUCCUGCCUGCCUCCGCCUGCCUCCCUCCUCCCUCCCUCUCUCCCUCCUCCUCCUCCUCCUCCUCCUCCUCCAUCACCUCCCCGCGAGUUACGCGCACAGUGCAGCCCGGCGGUGCAGGCGGCUCAGCCCUGCCCGGCCCCACUCCCCGCCGUCCCCCGCCGCCGGGAUGCUGCCGGGCACCGCGGCCGGGCGCUGAGCCCGGGGAGCCGGAGCCCGGGGAGCCGGAGCCCCGCCGCCCCUCCCGCAGCCCCGUGCGGGCGGAUCGCGCUGCGGGUCACCUUGCAGGGAGGAGGAGGAAAAUGGAGGCCACUGCCCCAGUGUGACCUGUAUCUACAAUACAACAUAAUACAGACCACCAUCCCGCUCUCUGACACCUCCCAGUAUGGAUGGUUUGAUCGAGCAGAACAGUGUGCUCAUGCACAAUAAGAUUGCCGAGGCUGGGAAAAGGAAUGGUUUAAUUAAUACAAGGAACUUAGUUGCAGAGAGCCGAGAUGGCCUGGUGUCAGUGUAUCCAACGCCACAGUAUCAGAGCCACCGAGCAGGCAGUUCCCCAAGCUGCCUGGAGAAUGGCAGGAAUGACCCCGUGCAGCAGCUCCUGGAUCCCAACAUGCUGCAGCAGACCGUGGAGUCCCAUUACCGUCCCAACAUCAUCCUCUACUCGGAGAAUGUGCUGCGCUCGUGGGGUGAGAGCAUCAACUCGGAGUGCUGCGAAACCACCUUCAUCGAGGACCGCUCCCCUACCAAGGACAGCCUGGAGUACCCAGACAGCAAGUUCAUCGAUCUCUCAGCAGAUGACAUCAAGAUUCAUACCCUCUCCUACGAUGUGGAGGAGGAGGAGGAUUUCCAGGAGCUAGAGAGUGACUACUCAAGUGACACUGAAAGUGAAGACAAUUUCCUGAUGAUGCCACCAAGAGAUCAUCUCGGCCUCACUGUGUUCUCCAUGCUCUGCUGCUUCUGGCCGUUGGGAAUUGCUGCCUUUUAUCUGUCUCAUGAGACAAACAAAGCUGUAGCCAAGGGAGACUUCCACCACGCAAGCUCCAGCUCCCGGCGAGCACUCUUCCUUGCUGUGCUGUCCAUCACAAUUGGAACUGGCAUCUAUGUUGGGGUGGCGGUGGCUCUUAUUGCCUAUCUGUCCAAAAACAAUCACUUAUGAGCCUCAGGAAAGGGGGACAACCAGCCACCCAGCGCCUGCACUGCAGAACUCCACCGCAGAUCAGACUGCAUGGUUUUCCAAAAAGAUCCAGAGACAUAUAAACACCAUCUGGGGGCAGGUACAGGCUAAGAUGGGCUUGUGCAUUACAGUAGGGUGGAAAGCUGGCUGAGACUGGGAUAGUUACUAUAUUUGUGAUGCACAAGUCCUGCUUCUCUACAUGAAACCUUGUUAAGGAAGGAAGGAAGGAAGGAACAAGGGAAGGAAGAAAGAAAAAGAAAAUGAAAAAGAAAACAAAAAAGAAA